UCCAGGUCCAGCUCUCACCGAGUGCGAAUGUGCAAAGUAACUUGAAGUGGGAAAGAGGUCCGUGCGCGUGACAUGGGAUCACGAAACGCGUGGCGUCACAAUGUCACGCUCGCGUCUUUUCUUCCCCUCCUCCGACCACCGUUGAUACUUCCUUUCACUACUCUGACCAUGCUUGAAGCCAAACUCACCGAAGCCGGGACACUCAAGAAGCUGCUUGAUUCCAUCAAGGAACUCGUCACCGAUGCUAACUUCGAGUGCAACGAAGAGGGACUGAACCUCCAGGCGAUGGACAACUCGCAUGUCGCGUUGGUCUCGGUCCACCUACAGUCGCAAGGCUUCGAGCGGUACCGCUGCGACCGGCCCCUGCCCCUGGGCGUGAACCUGAACAGUCUCAACAAGGUACUCAAGUGCGCCAAAGACGAUGACGAGUGUACCAUCAAAGCGUCGGAUGACGCGGAUGUGCUCAACUUGGUAUAUGAAGCGAAGGACUCGGACAGGAUAGCAGAGUACGACAUGAAGCUGAUGGACAUCGACUCGGACACGCUAGGGAUCCCUGACACCGACUACGACGCAGAAGUCGUCAUGGCGUCGUCCGAGUUCGCCCGUAUCGUGCGUGACUUGAGCGCCCUUGGCGAGAGCGUCCGUAUCGAGGUCAGCAAAGAGGGUGUGCGUUUUGCGAGCGAGGGCGAGAGCGCCAACGGUAGCGUUCUGCUGAAGAAGGAGGGAGAGAUCGGUCGUGUCAAGACCGAGCGUGAGAGGAAGAUUGAGCGUGGUGAGAAGGUCGAGGACGAGGACGACGAAGAGGAAGCUGGUGACGACGAAGAUGAAGAUGGCGAGAAGAAACCCAAGGUCAAGAAGGAGAAAGUCAAGGCCGAGAAGAUCAAGAAGGAGAAGGAUGAGGAUGUCGACAUGGACGAGGAAGAGAAGGGCACUGAGGAGUUCAAAGCCGAGUCCGACGACGAGGAGAAAGAGGAGAGUGAGGAGGAGGAAGAGAGUGGCAAAAAGCGCAAGCAUAAAUCCAACGGAUCCUCCAAGCCUGCCAAGAAGGCAAGGAAAUCUAAAAACGAAAAGGAGAAGGACGAGAAGCCCACCUUCAACUUUUCCAUGAACUCUCACGUUUCACUGACGUUCUCACUCAAAUAUCUCGUCAACUUCUCCAAGACGGCCAACAUGACGAGCAAAGUGGAGCUUCGGUUAAGCAAUGAUGUUCCGCUAUUGGUGGAUUAUGACUUUGGUCAAGGAUACGUUCGGUACUACUUGGCACCCAAGAUUGGAGACGAGUAGGGCCUACGUCGAAUGUAUUUUUGUUGUCUUCUUUAUAUCAGCUUAUCUACUGCUUUCGCCACGACUGUCAGGGACCUGGGUUAAGAGUUUUGAACUGCUGCGCGGGCUGUGGACUGGCGCGUAGGAAUUCCUAUUGGAUAAGUAGAACAUGAUGACCAGUAGGUGUCACAAGGAGCAUAUGCCAGAGGUAAGCAGCAAGGCUCGAGGGUACAACACAAGUGGGUAUCCGGAGAGUAUCAGGUCAACUUUGCCCGUCACAUCAGACUGGAAGUGUUUGCAAGAGAGAACGUCGACGAGGUCUUCAGCAGGUGUGAAACCGUCUGCCUCAGAGGAGAUGACGAUGUUGCUGCCCGAGUUGGUGAGAACGAGUGUGAGGCUUCCUUUGCGGGCCGUCAUGACGUUGUCGUUGAUGAGCUUGUAGACCGAGAGGGUAGAGAUGAAGGGAACGCCACUUGCGACGACGUAGUUGCGGAAGAUGUUCAGUGCCUUGAAGGUCGGAACGAGGUUGCCUGAGGUCGAGAAUUGCGAGAGCCAGAGCGCUUCACGGUUGUUUGGAUCGUCAGAGCCAGUGAAAGCUUGCUCUUGGCCGUAGUAUACGAUUGGAAUACCGUCCGAGAGGACAUUGAUGACGGCCAGAUUUGUGAGACGACCUCUGUCAGUCGUCAAGCUGCCUAGUCGAGGGUUGUCGUGAUUUUCCAUGAAGGAUCCGAAAAGAGUUAC